AUGGAUACGUCACUGACAGUCGCUGGGCCGGCGCUGCCUGAGUUGUCGGAGGAGCACACACGUCGCUCCUUGCGCGCCUUCACGGUCCCUGUGCUGGGCUUGCUGCAGGUUCCGAGAGCCGCUACUUUGAAGUGCGGGCAAGGACGUCUAAUCGAGCUGCUUUAUGUCAUCACAUCUCCACUUACGGCACCUGAGCAGCAGGGUGGCUCACCAGCCGUGGCACGCAGGUUCCCGCCUGCGAGGCGAGAGGAUGCGGGGUCGAAGCAAAUGCAGGCGAUGCUGGACUCCCGGAUCGCCUCCUUCUGCUGCACAUCCCAGGUCCAGGAGCGGACGCCCUUCGCAUUCACUGUGCUCGCCGCAGUGCUUCCCGGAGACGAGGCAGAAAGCCCGGCCCACUUGAGUGCUGACCCGACGGACUUUCUCUACUGCACAGCGGUUCGCUUCCUUGAGGAGGGCCGUCGAUUUGCCUACUGCAUUGUCUCUCGACACCCUUUCGUGCAAGCAUUUGGGGAGCUCCUGCUGAUGUUGCAUGAUGGAGAGGAGGUGUUGGAGGACAUGGUUGAGGAUUGCCGUGGUGCCCGAUUCUCCCCGGUUUGGGACGAGGCCUUCGAGGUUUGGGAGGACCGUUCAGCAGGGCGACGAGUGGGCUCGGUGGACAACUGCACCGCAGAGACUUCCGCAACAAAAGUGAGAAGCACCAGCCAAGGGAAUGAGGCUGGCUUCGCGUUUGACGCGCUCUUCACAUCUGUUCAGAAACAGGCCAUCUGCACGGGAUGGCUGGCCCUGAUGGAGGGCGAUCGCGUGGCGUUGCCGCAUUUCCAGAACUUCCGCCUCAACGACCGCCACUGGGGGAUUUACCAGGGCAAGGGAAAGCCGCCAGCUGAAGAGGACAUCAAGGCUGCGCCUCCAGCUGUGGGCCGCUCCGAUGCCCAACAUCCCUGCAAUGACCCCCUGUACAGGGGAGUCCCUGCGAGCACGCAGCCUGGGUCGGAGUCAAUGCAGAUGGUGGUGGACCGCACUCUGCCAUUCUGGCAUGAUGCCAUAGCACCCUUUCUUCUGGGCGGGAAAACGCCGCUGGUAGUUGCACAUGAGGGCUCGGUUCGUGCAAUUUGUCAGGCUUUGGAGGACGACACCGAUGCAGAGGCACUCGAAUACGACAUUCUUCCCGGCGUCCCACUGGUCGUUGAGCUUGAUGAGGAUUUGGAGUUCCGAAAACGGACAGCUUUGACAGCCAACGGGGUGGCAAAAGCUAGGAGAUUCAGCCUGCCUCCUGCAGCCGGUCCAGCUCUCCGCCAAGGACCUACACCGAAGCCCAAGGCAAAAGCCAAGGUGACCGAACCUGCAAAGCCAAAAGAGGUUUACACAGUGGAGGUCACCGUUCUGGCGGCGAAGGGGCUUCGCGAUGCUGACUGGUUCACAGGAACAUCUGAUCCAUACGUGAAGUGCACGGUCUCGGGCAAGGGCAAGGGAGAGUUCCGUACUGCAACCUUGGGGAACAUCCGUGCAGAGGAAGUGAAGUGGAAUCAUGUGGAGAAGAUCCAGGUCAAGCACGGGGAUUCAAUAGACUUCACCGUCUACGACGAGGACACGGGCAAGUCUGACGACUUCCUUGGGAAGUGCACGCUGCGCUUUGACGACAUCCUUCAGGACUUCAAAGGCACCUUGAAAUUGGUUGAUGAGAAGGGCAAGGCCAUGCCUGGCAAGAACAAGAAAGGUGCCUUUUUGACCGUGGCGGUCAACGAGAUGGACGAGGAGUUCGCAGCUGCCCGCUUCUACCAGGUGGUCUUUGCAGAGGGACACCCAAAUGACCUCCUUGGUUACUGCCACUUCGGGGCUCAAGUCCUGCGCUGCUACAAGGCACUGCGCCUUACGGUGCCUGCGAUGCGCCGUGAGCAACUGGAGAAGGCGUUCCAGCUGCUUGUGGCCCCGGCAAAGAAGGUAGUGCACCAUGACGGCCUGAGCAGUUCGCGCUGGUCUCGCCUCCUAAGUCUGGAGGACUUGACCAUCUUGAUCGAUGAUGUCAAGACAUAUCCGUCGCGGACAAUUGUGGGUCUUGACCUUGCGAAUUGGAAAGUUCCGCACUUGCCCCCAUCCAAGGCCAUACCUGUUGUCACGGGCAGAUCUGCAAGGUUGCAAGAGCAUGUCCGCGGCAUCAGCUCACGACAAAACCGUGGAGGACGUGAUAGAUUCUCCAGGUCAGACCGGUCCAGUGGCUCCAGGCUUCUCGUAGUGCCCUUCCGCCUGACACAGGAGGAUGCAUUACGAGCUUUGUCCAAGCAUGAGCAAGGCCGUUGGAUGGCACCAUUGUCUAGUGAGCAGCUGGCAGCAACAUCCACAGCUCUGGUUGCCUGGCGCCCUGACUGCGGUAUGCAAGCCGUCUUCCUGCCGUUCAGGGUUGUGAAUGCCGUAGCAAGUGCCACGUACAGUGGCCAAGUGGGGUACACGCACACAAGACAUGUCAUUUCAAGCGACGGUAAGAGUCACACAGGAUCCUCCACGGACUACUUCUGGGUACGAGGGUCAUUAGAACGCGUCAGUUUUGACGGAAGAGGGGGCGACGCCAGCAUGCAGAUCUAUGCCGAUUUUCUGUAUCCGGAAGCAUUGCUGCGUUCUGUGACGGGCCUGGCCUUAGGAGAGGCCCGCCCUUUCACUGCGGCUGCCCUGGAUCUCAAGGAAGAACCAAGCCUGGACCCUUUUCGUCUGAGUGUGGAGGGAACGAGGUCUGAGGCACGUUCACGUAUUGAGGCCGGGCUUGUCGACUUAGUGGAGAGGGAGAUGCGUCGCACACACCCGGGAUGCAGCCAUGUACAACGGAUCACGCUCUGUAAUGUUGAUGUGUCGGAAUACCGGGUUCGAUCUGUAUACCUUCCAGCUUAUGUUCUCAUAACGCAGUACGGCGAGAGACGCUUGAGACGAUUUGUCAGCGCUGCCACAGGCCAGGUGUCUGGCGAGCUGACAUAUUCCCAGGUCAAGUCUGCAGUCCUUGGGCUUGGAGCCGGCCUGCUGGGAAGCGUGGCCGUGGCACACAUGGCUGAAGUGACCAUCCUGGCUGGACCGGCUGCUUUUACAGUUGCGGCUGUAGGAUCCUUGGCAGGUUUGGUGGUGGCACGCUGGCUGCCAGUGUGGCGCAACUGGUGGUUGGACCAUUCUGCGGAUGACAGAGCCUCGCAACAUGCUGCGAACUUCGGUAGUGAUGUCCAGUCCUGGGAGCAAGCGGCCGCAUCCAGACAGAUGGGGAAGGUACCAAGAAGUGAAACAGGGCGAGCUGCGAAGCAGCCAGAAAGCGCUCAAAGUGAUGGCACGUCAGAGCAGCUCCUGGUGGACCCGCGAGCUGCGCAGGCACUUGAAGUUCUUGGGCUCGAGCUGGGGUGCAGCCUUGGGCAGGCGCAAGCCGCUUUUCGGCGCCAAGCCAUGAAGUUACACCCAGACCACAAUAAGGAUGCGAGCCCUCAGGAACGAGAUGCUAUGGCAGAGGAGCUCCGCACUGUUUUGGCCGCCUACCGGGAGCUCCGUGGGCACGCGGGAGAGAGAGACAAGGGGGCGCCGGCCUGGUUGCAGCCUUUUGCGGCAGCCUGGGUAUCGAGCAGCUGGCGCAACCCAGUCUCGGCGCUGCUUGGUGUCUCAAACAUCACAGUGGCUGCCAUCAGCACACAUGCUGCAGUGAUUGAGCCGAUGGCUAGCAUUCGUGAGCGAUUGCAAGGUUUUGGAGCUUCUCGGUGGCAGGAAUGGUUCCGAAGCGGAAUCUGGCAUCCAACCGCCUCGCUGCCCUGCCUUCAGUUGCCGGCCUCGCGCUGCGCUGGCGCAGGGCCAACAGGCUUCGGCUCCGAUGCCGCGCGGCUGCUGUAUGAUUUGGGGAACAUGAUGAAGACGGAGCACUUGAAAGAAGGCUUCGUGGCUGGUCUUCAGAAUGGGCUCUCUGAACUGGUUGGGCGGUAUCUAACACCCAGGAUACACUUUGUGGUGUGCUCACAUCCUUUCCUGGUGUGUGCGCUGCUGAGACUCCUGACCAGCAAGCAGAUGCUGAUCUACCUGACACCGUCGCCUUUGACAUUCGUGCCGCCAGCCUUGCAUGACUGGGCUCUCCGCCGCCUUGUGGAGCUCUCUUGGUGUGCCUCCACGGUUGUGCUCGCAGCUGCACCACUCUACGCUGUGCAAGCCGAGUAUCAAGCUGGCGCCAAGAUACUUGGAACUCGACCCGCUGCACUGCAUGUUGCACAAAACUACAGGUGGGAAUGGCAUCCCAAUGAUCGGACCAGCCAAGAUGCCUAUAUAUGGAGCUCGUCCUUCCUCAGCUUGGACAUCCAAUGCCUUGCGCAAAAUCUUAUCCUCGAAGCACGCAAGGAGGGUCUUCCUGGAUUCGAGCAGUUUCGAAUUACGAUAAAGGACUUCUUUGCCGAGAAAAUGGUGAGCUGGAGGUAUCUCUCCAAAGUCCGAUGUGUUGCUGUUCUUCCAUGGGACUUUCAGCUCACGGCCUUCGCCGAGCUGUAUGCCUUGGCAGUGCCGCUGCUCACACCAAGACGAGAACUCUUGGUGGAGCAAGCAAUGCGGGUCCGGGCAAGGCACGGUGUUUGGUUUUGGUCCGUGGAUGACUCCAUGGCUUUCGUUUUGCCGGAGCGCCGGAAUGCCAGCCUGGGCCUGGCGGAGCCCUGGCUGCGAGAGCCAGGGGCCACGGUUACUUCGGCAUCGCGGGCUCGGCAUGCAGCAGCGCAAUUGGGCGCAUGGGCAGCUCUGGCUGAUGUGGAGCAGUUCGGCGGCUGCUUGCGCUUUUCGUCCGUGGUGGAGCUCGUCCAACUUGCUGCCUUGACUCCCUCGGCAGAGCUGGAGCAAGCCUGUUUGGCCAUGCGAGCAGAAUGGGAGGAACAGUGGUUCAGGACGUCGGCUGCAUACGACUCAGCGCUGGGGCAGCUUCUGAGCGGUCGCAGCGAAGAUGUAGCAAUGGGUGACGGUGCAGCGGACUCGCAGGACCAGAUCCAGCGUGUGGCCCAGCAGCUACUCAGCGCUGUGCCACAAGUGCGUCCGCAGACGCGGAGGUCGCGUACUGAACCUCCGAAGGCAGUGGAGGCAGCCCUCAGCGACCUCAAUGAGGACACGAGCAGGGUGGACACCAAGAAGAGCCAGUGCUCGUCACUGCGACGCUCCGGCAGUGGGGAGGACUUUCGCCAGAUGAGUGCGAAGAGAGGCAAGUUAAGCCUUGAGAGCUUCUCUUAUCCACCACGCAGCCGGCAGCUUCGCCAUUUGUUCCAUGAGGAGUUGCGGCUGCGCUCCACAGUCCUUUUGGAGUGGGCUGCGGUCGAUCUCUUCAGAUGCUUCACGCUCCAGGCUGUCCUGGAGAUAGUUCUGGCACUUCUUCUGGAAUUGCGCGUUGUGGUGGUCUCCGAGUCAGCUGAGUUGGGCUCGAAGUUGGUCCUCGGCCUGAGCUCGUUGUUAUGGCCAUUCAGCUGGCAGCACUUACUUCUCCCCAUCUGCCCAGCCUACCUUCAGGAAGCCAUCAUUGAUGCUCCAGUGCCCUUCAUUUCGGCAUUGCCCGAAAUUACGCCGCAGGUCGCAACGGCCAGUAGCACGGCUGCGUUCGCGCCGAAUGGCCAUCUGGGCUCCGCGGCUACAAGGCAUGGGCUCGUUCUCUGCGAUGCUGAAGUUGGCGUCGUGAGUCUGCCCCCCGGGUCUGCCCCGUAUUUGCGCGAAGAGCUGCCGCAGCUCCAGAGGCUACGCAAUGACCCGCACAUCGAUCGCCGGUUGUUUGAUGAUGUGGACAGGACGAACUCGGAGGCCAAAUCUGUUGCCAUGUCACGGGUCUUUGGGCUGCAAGCAGCUCUCUCAGAGCUGGCAGAGGGCCUCCUCGAAGCAGGCUGUGAGGCUUCCUUGGAGCUGGGCACAGCGGGCUGGCUCCAGGCCAUGGAGGUGCGUCUCAAAGAGUCUUUUCGAAUGCCACAAUCGCAAUUCUUGAAGGCAUUCAUCAACACGGAGACUUGUUUGAUGUUCUUGGCCCUCGGCGCUUGA